AUGUACGGUAGACCCGUUCCUGCGGCUAUUCCUGUGGCUGCUCAACCCGCAUCUCAAAACCGAGGCCUAUUUGGUCUAGGUGGUCUAGGUUUAUGUUGUCUUCUUCUAUUUGGCGGCCUGUUAUUUGCUUCUGCCAUCGUAAUCGGCGUCAUUCCAGCCUAUCUUCCCACCACCAGAGUCCGCACACAGCGAGUGUUUCAAACGGAACCUGUUUACUUAACAGUACAAGUUAAUAAUACCGCUAAUGACAACGGUCAGAUACCCAGUCAGAAUUUUGAUGGUUUAGCAAGAGCAAUCGAAGAUAGUCGUGGGCUUCAACGCGGUACCGUUACUGUUACAGCAUCCGGUUUCAAUACACCAGCAACUGGACGAAAGAAACGAAAUAUAUUUGCAUUGAGAAGAAGAAAGCGUGCCAAUGGCCAAUUCUUAUAUUUAACAAUUCAAUUUAAUCUAAUAACAUGUACAUUUUGUUUUGGACCAAGUUUUAUUCAGUCCUUGGUUGGUACUUUAUUUACAAGCACUAUAACUACGUGUAAUGGUCAAACACUCACUUCUCAAUUGACAAUUUUAAAUGCUGACUCAACAAUUCCAGCGGCGUUUGCCGCUAUCUCCGCUGGAUCCGUUUGUGUCGCUGCAUUUCCAUCAAUCGCAACGUCAACACAACCACCAGUUACCCGUAUUAUGGGUUAA